UCCUCUCGUUUCAUCGUGAAGAACGAGAUGCGAGAAUUUUUAUGCUCGUCAGUAAAGUGUUUACUUCACUUUCAAGCGUUGAGACGGCCCACAGCAAUGGUUUCUAUAGCUGAAUUUGCUGUGAUGGUGAUUCUCGGAAUCACUCUUCGACAGGCACACGGAUCAGCCUGUCCUCUGAAUUUCGACUACUUCUCAAAGCCUGGGAGCGAUUUUCUCUGUGGGAGCACAGCGAACUAUCUCAUUCGCGUUCUUGCUUUUCAUACAAACACGACAGCUUCUCCUCGACCGCUUUUCCUGGGUCUCGAUAGGUGCUGGGAAACUAUCAGCAAGCUGGACACCUCCCCCGAGUGUAAGAGUUCUUUGGAGAUAUAUUCGCCAGAUUAUGCAUCUCCUUGCAAGUUUGCUACUUUGCAAGAGCUCGAAGGGAACUUCACGAUUGCAAACAUCACGUUUGACGGGCUCCUCAAGGUCUGCACAAGCUCCUUGUCUUUCUGGGAGCUUUUCACAUCAAAUCUCCGGAGCCUCUCAAACGUGACAAAAGAUACACCAUGGGUGUGUGAGACUGCGCUGCAAAUCGCCCUGCUCAGCACCGAUGUUUUGAACGACAACUGGGCGCGGAAAUUCGAGAAUCUUUCCGUCGUCUUUCCAUUACCUCGAGCUUCUCGAAAGAGAAACAAAAGGAAAGAGCUUGCAUACACAGUAUCCCUCAUACUUGUCUGCUCGGCCAUGCCCUUCGCGGUACUUUCAUAUUUCAUUUGGAAAGUCCUUAAAAAUCUCAGGAGGAGUGCUUCGAUUCACAAUGUUCGUGAGCUUGAAGAAGAAGAUAGCAGCAAUAAAACAGUGGAAGGUCCAUGACUAUUCAAUCCAGCUCUUUGCUCUCUUGAGGCUCACAAGCUUUUCCACAACCGCGGGC